AUGUCAACGCCAGCUCCUGGCCAACAUGGCCAGCCGGAUGAGCCCCAAUGCUACAACUGCGGCACUGUAGGCCAUUGGGCUGUUGCUUGUCCCGAACCUACCAGAGAAACGCCUGCGGGCCUUGCAGCAUGGAGAAACUCAUCCACGCCGAACCAAACCAAUCCCAAAGGGCAAGGACCUGGUUCUAUCAAACGAUCAAAAGGACCUAUUAUUACCAAAUAUGGUCCUCCUCCGCCGCCGCCUCCACCGUCCUUUGCCCAAGGCAUGAACCACAUGCCACCACCGCCGCCGGGACAUCACCACCAUCCUCACCCUGUAACGUCAUAUCCAGGCCAAGCACCACCGUAUCAAGCUUAUGCUCCUGUUCCGCCUCCUGUUCCGCCUGCAUAUGGCGGUAAUUUUCCACCUGCAGCCUACGGAUACUCGCACCCUCCUCCGCCUCAUCAUCCUCAUCAUCAUCAUCCUCCGUUCCAGCCUCCGCCUCCUCAUGGCGCAUCUCACUUUGGCCCUCCCGGCUAUAUGGGUCCUCCGACUACUCUUGGGCCUCCUCCUGGUGGUCAUUUCGCUGUCAACAGAGGCGAUGGACUUGAAAAUAGGGUGUCUGCCCACGACCAAGCCUUCUCGCAAUCUCCCCCUCCACUCAAACCGUCGCCGCCCAUGAAUGCAACUCCGCCUCAGAACCGAUCAGGACCCAGGCAAACCCCUGGACUAGCAAAACCACCUAAUUUACCGUCAAAGCCGCCUGUAGGAGUGACAUCUCAUCCGCUCCCACCGAAGCCUCCCAAAAGCCAUGAUCAAUCCAUCCAGCAACAUGAUCACAGGAACAAGCGUAAAAACGAGCGCCACAACAAGAGUAGAGACAGGAGACAAUCAAAUGAUCAUUAUAAUCAUCGCCACCCAAACCCCGGCUCCAAUCACCAUGGACAUCCCAACCAAUCUCCAGAUAAUCGGCGAUUGAGUGGUUCACGGAAAGGCCAACGGCAACACCAUGCCAAUGUCAGCUCAAAGAGUCAUACAUCUCGUGCAAGCUCGUCCGAUCAGCACGUUGCAGGCGCCAAAGGCACAAAUAAUGGCAGACGAGCCGCAAAGGAUUUGGGACAUCGAAGGCAAUCUUCUGAGAACAUCCCUCGAUACCAUGAUGACAGCAGAUCUGCGGCAAAGAAAACAAAUAGGCCAUUUGGCGCCAACAGCCAGGGCUCGAGCGUCGGAGUUGAAAUGGCCGACAAUAAAGGCAGUCCUCAGUUGAACAAUUGUCAAGCUCGAAGUGACAUAUCAGAUGGCUCAGAAAGACGGUCCUCAUCAGACCAUCGUGGAAUCGGCGCUAAGCGCUUUCAUCACCAGGACACUCAUCCUCAUGAGCGACAAUACAAGCGGCCAAAGAUAGACGCUUCUCCUAGAACUGAAACUAAGCCGUUGAAAUCCGACGGCGAGGAAGAACACGAAGAAGAAGAAUGUAUUUGGGACAAUAUUGACGUACCGAGGGAGGCUGACCGAAGACAACAAGCCGAAAGGGACCGUUCUGGAGCAAAGAGACGUGCAUCUACCGCUUCACGAGCCUCCUCCCAGUCUAGUCGAUCCUCAGACUUGAAUUCCUUGGAGGCGGAGCUUUUAGGAAGACCAGUCAAACAACAAAAGUCUCCAGAGAAAUCAAGCACUCGUCAUCGCCAGGACCACCAAGCAAAGCGUCGACCAGUAAAUACCAACUCAGCUUAUAGCCGUCGGUGGUGA